AGCAUAGUUAACAGAACCCGCGACCUUGUGGGCAGGUUGUGAAGACAGUUUUAGAUUCUUAAAUGUUCUUAGUCUUUAUUGAAAUGCCUGAUGGAUUCAAAGCGAUGAAGUAAAUGCUGAUAUUUAAGCAUGGAUUUUAAUCGAGGAGCGGCUGCUAACAUGUCUAUGAAUGAAACGAGCCUCGGAUACGCCUCCACAAAUGGUGAAGUGGUCAUUAGCCUGGAGGACCAAGAGAGGUUACGAGACAAGGAACAGAUCAGAUGCCUCAGGAAAAUGUUGUUUGGGCCGCAUCUAAACAGAGACCUCUACUGUAACAGUACAUGGGACAAAAUAACGUGCUGGCCAGACACGCUUCCCAACACCACAGUCUACAUCCAAUGUGCCAACUACAUCAAUGGUUUCUACGUCAACAACUUCGCCUCCAGGAGAUGCAUGCCGGAUGGACAAUGGUAUAUAAAUCCUUUACUCAAUCGCACGUGGACAAAUUAUUCCCAGUGCUACAACAAACGCAUAAUCACCAAUGAGGCCCGAGUAGGAACACUGCUAGAGACACACAUGGAGCACAUACGUCUGAUGUUUAACAUCGGGUACGGUCUCUCUUUUGCAACGUUGACAGUGGCUGUCUUUAUCAUGAUCUACUUCAAGCGGCUCCAUUGUCCACGAAACACAGUUCACCUCAAUCUGUUCAUCGCCUUCAUGCUGAGAGCUCUCUUGUCUUUAUUGAAAGAAAACCUUCUUGUACAAGGAUUGGGUCUGCCAUCUGAUGUUGAACAGACGCCGUACCAAACUGUCAUAUUUAUAGAGGAGGGACCGCAUUGGGAGUGUAAGAUGCUCUUCACUAUCUUCUAUUACGUCCUGAUGGCCAGCUACAUGUGGAUAUUUGUGGAGGGUCUUCACUUGCACACUCUAAUAAUGGUGUCUGUGUUCUCGGAACGAAGCAGCGUUAAAUGGUAUCUGUGCAUAGGAUGGGCUGUGCCCCUUCUCUUCAUCAUUCCAUGGGUUGUGAUACGAGUCCUGCUAGAGAAUGUUUAUUGUUGGAAUACCAACCCCUCGCCCGGGUAUAUGUGGAUAUUGAAGGGUCCGGUGGUCCUAGUCACUGUUAUAAAUUUCAUCUUUUUUAUGAAUAUACUUCGAGCAUUAUUUACCAAGAUGAAGACUCCUAUUUCAAAAACUGCAAAGAAACAUAAAUAUAGGCGAUUGGCUAAAUCCACGCUGGUACUAAUCCCAUUAUUUGGCGUACAUUAUGUAGUCUUCUUAGGACUCCCAGAUCAAAAUGUGGAACCGCAAGCAGAAGUUAUAAAACUCUAUUUUGAAAUGUUUUUAAAUUCUUUUCAGGGUCUACUGGUAGCAACGCUGUUCUGUUUUAUGAAUAACGAGGUUCAAAUGGAGAUCAUGAAGAGGUUGUGUAACAGAGGUCCGUAUUACAGAUACCGGCAAUAUUACAGACAGUCCAGCCAAGGCGGUUCCUACAGGUGUGUGUGUCAAAAAAACAACCAAUCACAAAACGGGUAUAAAUUUGAUUCAGCCAGGCGGUCCUCUGGGGACAAUAGCAGCACCUUACUUUUAAAUUCGACUAAAUACCCACAAGACUCUUGUUUCUGUAGGUGGCACGUGGAUUCUAGGGGGCACCUUUGCAGACAUUUUGUUAAACAUGAUGAUAGUUUAAAGAGAGUUCAAAGUUGUUUAUGAUAUACCAAUUAUUCAACGGUUAUUUGUGAAUCAUAUCUGAUAUUUCCAUUCAUGUUUUAGUAUUUCCUGUUGAAACAUUAAAAUCCUUUAAAUAAUU